UGACGGUGCGGCGUGACAGCCUCGCUCUUAUUGAUCAGGAGCAGCAAUUAACGGCGAGAGAAACCAAUCAACCUCUUCGGCACAGAUUUCGAGGCGGAGAUUACGCCCGCGGCCCAUUCACGGGCUCUGUUUUGGUCGCGGCGGGUCAGCCAAUGGGAAGGCGCCGCGGCGGUAGCGGAAGUGACGCCGGCGUACCGGGCUCGGUACCGGGCCCGCGCCAUGGAGGCCUGGGUGCGCUUCAGCGCCCAGAGCCAGGCCCGGGAGCGCCUGCUCAGGGCCGCUCAGUACGCCUGUGUGCUGGCCGGGGCCGCGCUGAGCCGCGCCGGGGGCGGCUCCGGGAGCCUGAGCCGCCUGCAGCACCUGGAGGCUCACCUGAGCCUGGGCCGCAAGCUGCUGCGUUUGGGGGGCUCGGCCGAGGCCCUGGGGGGGGCCCAGCGCUCGCUGCACCUGCCCGACCCCGUGCUGCGCUUCUGCCUCACCCUGUCCCACCUGAACCGGGCCCUGUUCCUGGCCUGCGACAACGUCCUGUGGGCCGGGAAGAGCGGGGUCCUGCCCGGGCUCGCCCUGGAGAAGUGGAGCCAGAGGGCCUUCAGGUAUUACCUCUUUGCCCUGCUGGUGAACCUCAGCCGCGACGCCUACGAGCUGCGGCUGCUGCUGGAGCGCGCCGGGGCCGCCGGCAAACGCGGCAGGAGCCCCGAGAAACCCCCCCGGGCUGAGGGCAGCGCCCGCCUGCGGCUGCAGCUGCAGCUGCAACUCCUGCUGCAGGUGCUGCGCGACAACCCGCCGCUGCUGCUGGACCUGCUGCGCAACGCCUGCGACCUGCUGAUCCCCCUGGAGAGGCUGGGGCUGUGCCGCAGCAGCCCCGCGGUCGUGGGCUUCUGUGGGCUCGCCUCCUCGCUGCUCUCCAUCCUCACCAUCCUCCACCCCUGGCUCAAGCUCAAGCCGUAGUUUUUGGGGGAUUUUGGGGGAUUUUGGGGUGUUGUGGCACCUCUGGAAGGGACUGACUCGUGCCAUUCCUGACUUCUUGGAGCUACAAAGUUCCAGCAUUGGAUCCCUCAUGGACAUCAGCUCCCCAAAAUGUGGUUUUUCCCAUUGACUUUUCCAGAAGUUUUAGGGAAAAAAAUAGGGAUUGAACAUUCCCUGUCUUUGUCUGGGAAGAUCCUUUCACCUGGAGCCAGCUAACAGGGAAGAUUUGGGGCUGGAAAAUGCGGGGCUCUGUGGGCUCGCCUCCUCCCUGCUCUCCAUCCUCACCAUCCUCCACCCCUGGCUCAAGCUCAAGCCGUAGAGAUUUGGGGAUUUUGGGGGAUUUUGGAGGAUUUUGGGGGAUUUUGGGGGGUUGUGGCACCUCUGGAGGUGACUGGUUGAUGCCAUUUCCAUCAUUCCUGACUCUGGAGCCUGAGAGUUUCAGCACUGGAUCCCUCAUGGACAUCAGCCCCCAAAAUGUGUUUUUUUUUUCCCAUUUACUCAUCCUGAAAUUUUAGGGUUUCUUCUGUCGGAAGAGCCUUGCACCUGGAGCCAGCUACCAAGGAAGAUUUGGGGCUGGAAAAUGUGGGGUUCUGUGGGCUCAGCUCCUCCCUGCUCUCCAUCCUCACCAUCCUCCACCCCUGGCUCAAGCUCAAGCCGUAGUUUUUGGGGGAUUUUGGGGGGAUGUGGUACCUUUGGAGGUGACUGAUUGGUGCCAUUCUUGUCAUUCCUGACUCUUUGGAACCACAGAGUCCCAGUGUUGGAUCCCACAGGGACAUCAGCCCCCAAAAUGUGGUUUUUCCCAUUGACUUUUCCAGAAAUUUUAGGGAAAAAAAUAGGGAUUGAACAUUCCCGCUCCUUGUCUGGGAAGAGCCUUUCACCUGGAGCCAGCUCCCAGGGAAGAUUUGGGGCUGGAAAAUGUGGAUUUGGGGCUGGAAAAUGUGGAUUUGGGGCUGGAAAAUGUGGAUUUGGGCUGGAAAAUACGGAUUGCUGAAAGUUUCUCGUGGUUUUUUUGGGGGAAAAUGGGGUUGGGGUGGUUCUGGUACCAGAUAAUGGAUCCAACCCCAAAUAGUUCGGACAAUUUUUCCUGCCUUAUAAAAAAAUCUGAGUGCAGGGAGUGGGGAAUGGGGAAAAGAAUUGUCAGGAAUAAAUAAAUCCAUGGUUUUGGGGGAAAAUUCAGGCAGGGUCUGGGAGAGCAGGAAUUUUUGGGAGCUGGGAAUUAUUAAAUUAUUAAAUUCUUAAAUUCAA